CUGGCUAAAGCGACCCAGCCCUUGAGCUAGUACACUGACUAACUCAUAGGAGCGGAAUAACGACCUUUGUAAGUGGCAAACUACCUGCGUUAAUCAACAGAAAAGCCGUAAACAGUUUGCAGUCCCUAUCCAUGGUCGACCUUUGCACCGAUGGACCUGAGCAUACUUCGACUAUAGCUCAGGAUCUUGGUCCGUAUGGGCUGAUAGAUGACUCGCCGUGCUACGUUGCUCGGGUUCCUGUGGAGCUUCUCUCACGGAUCUUUGAACAUGCCCUUCCUCCUCCUCCUUUCGUCGAACAGGACGACGAGCGUGACGACGAAGAGGUCGCAGAACAAUACAAUGCACAACUUCUCUCUCUUGACGACGAGCCUUCACCAUCCCAGUACCACUCACCAAGCUACCCCUCGCAAAUGCUCGUAUCGCACGUUUGCAAACGUUGGCGGAUCACCGCGAUCGCUACACCAUCCCUCUGGACUUCCAUUCGACUGACACUGAAGAAUCUGCCACCGUUUACGAAGGCACAUACGUGGAUCGGAAGGAGUGGUAGCGUACCACUGGACAUCAACGUCUACAUCAACGACGACGAGGAGUACGUUCCAAACGAACGUGGUGGAGACUCGGACGCCUCCGGAUCGUACGAUUCCUCAGAAAGCGACGACUCUCCUUUCAUGAGUUGUGAAUCAUUUGAGGAUCUCAUAGCGAUGCUAGUCUCUCGUGCUUCGCAAUGGCGCUCGUUUGUAUUUGCGGCCUCCUUACCCGAAUUUGUGCAGACAACGAUCAACGCAUUGUGGUCGCUGCCGCCAGCGCCGCACCUCCGUCACAUUUCUAUUCGUCAAAUCGACUUCCUCCUAGACUCUCCUUAUCUUCGACCCAUCGUUGAUUCUCAAUCUUCGGUUCUCGGAGGCGCGUCUCAGCAGCUCAAGUCUAUAGAGCUCUGGAAUGUGCUAGUGGAUGUAGACCGCUGUUUCACAAACUGCCACGCCCUUACACACCUAACUAUUUCGUAUUACCGCCCCGGAGAGACUCUGACCUGGGAAUCGGUUUUCUCAGUACUGCGGUCUGCACCCGCCCUCCAAUCAUUGACGAUCCGGCAGGCUACGCCGUACUUCGAACCCACAGAAGAGACGGUCGUCACUCUACCAGCUCUUAGAGAGCUCGACCUUCAAGAGACAGACGCUACCGCAGUUGCCAGUGUUCUGCGCCAUCUCUCAUUUCCGAAUAUAACGACCUUGCAUCUCUCAGUAGGGGGUGAGGUUUCAAGCGACAGCAGGCUUAUGGAAAUACUCUCCGAGUCCACUUCCGACCGAGCGAGCCUGCUUAGUCGUCUGCAGCACCUUGCGUUAUACAAGUUCCCUCAAGGCGAAUUGGCUAUUUCCGUGUUCGAACAGCUGAACUCGCUCAAAAGUUUAGAGUUAAGUCACGGGUCUGCUUCUUACAGAGACGACUUCGCAGAAUUGGUGCGGCGAAGUGAUGCGGCGCUUCCCUCGCUGCAGACGUUAAUACUGCAGUCACCACCAAUGAAGGCGGAACUUUCCAUGAUCAAGUCGCUAGUCAAUAGGAAUGUUGGACCGCAACUCCAAGAGCUUCGGAUCCGGGGCGGUGUGGGGGAUUCAUUAACAGAUACGGACUUGCGUUGGCUCAAAGAGCAUUUGAUAAUUCGAUACAUACGAUGAUGACAGGGCC